GUGUGCAUUUCUAUUUUCAUGUUUCCCAGGACACACCCAAUCCUCAACCUUUCGGAAAUCGAGGGAUCGUAUUUUCCUGAAUGUCUGGAGCGCACCAACUGGAUAUGCAUUUUUCUUACCUCGGAGGUUACAUGCCGUGGUGGAUAGCUUGGACGAGGAUGACAGGGCGUCACUCCCCUCUCUGAGGAUGGAGGGCUGUGGGCCAUUGCAUUCGGUGGCAGGCUCGGGUAAUAUGGCGGUCUGCAAGUACUUGGUGGAGCAGCUCGGAUUUGAUGUAGAUUUUGAAGCUAUUAAUCAUGGUUCCGGUAUCACACCUUUGGCUUUUGCAGCGGCACAUGGGCAAGUGAUUGCUGCAAGGUAUUUUCUUGACAAAGGUGCUAAUCCAAAUAAGAAGAACUCCUCUAGAGGCACAACUCCUCUGCAUGAGGCAGCAGAAGCAGGGCAUGAUGAAAUAGCACGGCUUUUGCUAUCGAAAGGAGCUAGUGUUGAUGCAUCUUCUUUUUACGGGGCUCCUCUAGUUGCUGCUGGUGUUCGUGGGAAGUUCAGUGUUAUGAAGAUUUUGUUAGAGAAUAAUGCAGAUCCAAACAAGGUCUCAUGGGAUUUUGGUACACCCCUGACUUUUUUUUUUUUUUUGAGAAUAAAAUCCUAA